AUGGGCUGGCUCCCUUGGUCUUCAUCCUCCGACGCCAGCAAGGCCUCUGAUGGUGGUCGCAUCGCGCCGGACCGGACAAGUCGUGCACGCUGCUGGGAGGGUCGGGAUUCUUUCUUUGCCUGUUUGGACCGGAAUGAUAUCUUGGAUGGAAUCAAAGACGAUAAGGCAGCUCGUCAGAAGUGCGCGAAGGAGGUGUUGGAGUUUGAGGCAGCUUGCUCCCAGACCUGGGUCAAAUACUUCAAGGAGAAGCGAGUGAUGGAAUACAACCGCGACAAGACAAUCGAGCGGAUCAAGAAGGAAGAUGCGGACAAGAUGAAGGAAUUGAAGACUCAAGGCUGGAAGUCGAGUUAA